CAAUUAUGACGCAGAGCAAUCAGCAAGUCAUCGAGACCAGGGUACUCUCGCGAUAAUGGCUACUAGACAAUGGGCAAGUCGCCUUCGGCACAUGCACACAUCUGCCUCUAGUUCAGCUUCCAGAAUACCACUGGCCUACGAGGUACAUGAGCCGAAGAAACACCAGCCAGCUGGGCAUCGACCUCCGAUUAUAUUUCUUCAUGGAUUCCUGGGCUCCAAGAGGGAGAACGCUCGAGUGAGCAAGCAUUUGUCUCAUGAUUUGUCACGCCAAGUAUAUACUUUGGACCUCCGGAAUCAUGGUGACUCGGGCCACCACUGGAGACAUGAUUACAUGGAAAUGGCGUUAGACGUGGAGCUGUUUAUCAAGAAACAAGGGUUUGAAAGCGCAACAAUAAUAGGCCACUCGAUGGGUGCUAAAACAGCGUUGACGCUCGCUCUUCAAGCCCCCGAUCUUGUAUCAGAUGUCGUUGCGGUCGACAACUGUCCCAUUUCUUUGCCCCUGCCGGGCGACUUCCAGAAGUACAUGGAAGGCUUGGUAGAGGUAGAGCAGGCCCGGGUCAAAACCCAUGCAGAGGGCGAACGGAUCCUCGCGAAAUUCGAGAAGUCUCCCGUUGUACGGCUAUUUCUGCUCAGCAACUUCAUCAAGGACCAUCGCCACCAAUACCUAAGAUCGCGUCUUCCUCUCGACAUCUUGAAAGCUGCGUUAGGCCCAUUAGGCGACUUUCCGCAUGAGACCAGUCCUACCAAGUUCCUCAAACCCGCAUUGUUUCUUCGCUCUCGUCACAGUUACUAUAUACCGGACAGUGCUCUUUCACAGAUUAUCUCUUUUUUUCCGCGCUCGAAGAUUGUCGACAUAACUUGCGGGCAUUGGAUUGUCCAGGAAAAACCAGAAGAAUUCAGACAAGGUAUGAAGCCCUAG